AUGUUAAGUGGUAGGGUUAAAAAGAAAGCUGUUCAAGUGGAUGUAAAUGAUAUUGGUGACUUACCUUUGAGAAAACUCAAGAGGAAACAUGAAGAGAUCGAUGAAACUUCCCUUGCACACUGUGGUAUUUGCAUGGAUGCCAAGCCUGGGAAAGAAAUGUUCAGGAACCAAAACUGUUCUCACCUUUAUUGUGAUUAUUGCAUUGGACAACAUGUUGCUGCAAAGAUUCAGGAAAACAUAUCAAUGGUGAAAUGUCCUGAGCCAAAAUGCAAUGCGGCUAUAGAGCCUGACAACUGUCGUUCAAUUAUCCCUAAAGAAGUGUUUGGUAGAUGGGAAAAUGCUCUUUCUGAGAAUGUGGUGCUUGGAUCACAAAAGUUUUACUGCCCCUUUAAGGAUUGUUCAGCUAUGAUGAUAUGUGAAGCAGGGGAAGUUGUGACUUCAUCGGAGUGUCCACAUUGCAAUAGACUCUUUUGUGCACAGUGCAAGGUUUCUUGGCAUGCAGGAAUAGACUGUGAGAAGUUUCAGAGGUCAAAGAGAGAGAAAGGAGACAAUGGAGACUCAUUGGUGAUUGAACUUGCAAAGACUAAACGUUGGAGAAGAUGUUCAAAAUGCAAAAUAUACGUAGAAAAAAUUGCUGGAUAUGUGGCCAUAACUUUUGCUAUGUUUGUGGAUCGUCUUGGACUGCCAAACAUUAUUCAUGUGUAG